AUGGAUCAAAAUAAUCUCAUUGCACAAGAAAAGAAUAACAACAACUCUCACUAACAAAUUCCCAACAAUCAACCUUCAUCUAAAUCAUCUAAUCCCUCCUAAUAUCAAUCAUUCUCAGUUUCUUAUACCAAUUAGUAGAAGUAGCAACAUCUCACAUCUUCUCAGAAUAGCAAUACCAUAAUAAAUCAAAUCGAAGAUAUCAAUUAUAUGUUGCCUCUAGAAGACUUUAUUGACUCUGAAUUCUUUGAGUUCUUUCUUGAGGUAGCCAAAGAAGUGCGUGAACUAGCUGUUAAGAUCGUAUCCACCUCUAUAUUUAUAGACGAGGAUAAAGACUUGCAGGCAUAUCACAGACUAGCUGAUAAAUGGGAAUAUAAUUAUGUGCCUCUUAUCUACCAGGAAUUUGCUUCUAACUUCAAGUAGACUGUGCGAAGAGACAUGCAAAUACCUGAAUAUGUCCAGCUCAUGAAGUUGCAGUUUCAUAAGGACUAUCAAAGUGUUCAUAAGAGUAGGAGUAGUGCUGGUGGCUAGUCAUCUAAGAGUAAAAAUAAUUACACAAGUGCUUUGAAUGUGAUGAACUAAAGUAAAAAGUAAGAGGCCUUAAGCAGAGAUGAAAUCGAAUAGCAGAGAUAGAGUAAUAUAGAUUAAGAAAUCGAGUAAUUAAUUUAAGAAGUGGCCUACUUAGAACUCAAGAAGACUAUCAUUGAGCAAAUCAAAUCAAUAUCAGUUACAUUUGAACAAGAACUGAACUAAUAGGUGUCCCCUGAGGGAAAUGUUGUGAAUAAUGAUAUGAAUAAAAAUGAUGCUGAGUAUAUUGAGAGAGAACUUGUAUAAUCAUUUAAUCAGGCUUUUGAGAAAAUACUCUAACACUCUUAAAAGGAUAAACAAAUAUAACAGGAGUAGCUUAAAGAUAACUCAGUAUAAAGUGUAAAAAUAGGAUAAAUGCUGAGGAAAGUAUAAUAGUUAGAAAUAGACUGA